AUGGCUCCCUCUUUGGUUGUCUUUGUGGUCCCUCUUGCGACUUUCGUGGACAUGUCCACCAACAUCAGCAUUCCCGCUGCUUUCAUCCAGAACUACCAAGGUGGCAAGCCUACCACCAACCCCAAGGGCAAAAAGACUUCCUCUGCAUCCAAACACUUCAAGCACCACCAUGCCGUCAAGGCUUCUCGAACCUCUCUCCCCGCCCCCGCCUACAAGGCUCACCACACCAAGGACACUACCAAGGUGACCGUCACCGCAGUCCCCCAAAAGUGGGCUGCCGGUCACCUUGAGGGCACCACCAAGGUGCUCCUCCACCGCACCCCAGAGGAAGAGGUUACUCUCUCCCCCACCUCCUCCUCUACCGUCCCCAAGGCCGUCUACAAGGGCACCCACCUCGGUGGUACCCGCGUCCGUCUCACCCCCUCCCAGGUUCCAAGCAUUUUCCUCGCCCCUUCCGCUCUUCCCGCCACCCUUGAAUGGAGCGCCGCCCACCUCGGCGGUACGAAGGUGCUGCUCCAGCGCCCAGGCCCACCCAUGGUCAAGGCUGAGGAGAAGAUGGACGAGAAGCCCUUCGCCCAUGCUACACAGGCCCCCGAACGAUGGGCUGCGUCCCACGUCGGCGGUACCAGGCUUCGCCUCUCCCGCACUGCUCUUUGA